GUUGCCUGAUGCUCUCCUCCUCCUCCUAAAACAUGGCGCUGUACAGGGGGAAGAUUUGCCGGUCAGUGCUGGAUGGAGGCAACCGGCAUCUCAGGAAAUGCAUUGUCUUGCUGUAUCAGCCUUGCCAUUUAUCUACCAGUAGCAAACCAAAGGGUGUGAUCUCUUUAAUUGUUUCAAAAGCAAAAUAUGUCAAUGAAAAAUAUGAGCGAUUUUUGGAAAGAAAGUUUCCAAGGUUUUAUGAAUUAUAUUCUACUUUCAUGAAAGGUUUUCGGAUGUUGUUAGUUGAGGCAAAAGAAGUAGGAAUGAUCAAACAAAAAAUGACUCAUCAAGGAGUAGAGUUUCAUCAGCUGUCUUACAGAGAAAUGGAGAAACUAAGACAAUUUCGCAGAGAUAUUAUAAAGGCUGCACCUGUGGUGCUUAUUUCCAUUCCACCUUUUGCCAACUACAUUGUCUUUCUUCUGAUGUAUUUUUUUCCUCGGCAGUUGUUAAUUCGUCAUUUUUGGACCCCAAAUCAGCAAGAAGAGUUCUUGGAUAUUUAUCACCACAUGAGAAUGGAAUCCUAUGUAGAUAUCUUGGACAACUUGUCAAAAGCCAUUCCCCAAGUCACGGAAAAGUCGCUCCAAAGCCAGAUGCUAAAUCUCUGCACCCAGGUGAAGCAUGGAUCCCAUCCGCAGGUAAAUGAUAUCCAAGCAGUCGGUGCCGCAUUCACCGGCCCGCCCUUGGGUUUGAAGAGACUGGAUGUCCAUCAACUGAAAGCCUUUAGCCGUGUUCUGUUCCUGACACCACACUUGCCAGCUUUCUUUCUGCAGCGUCGGCUCGGGAGCCAUAUUUGUGAGAUCCAUAACCUGGACUGUGCACUGCUCAAGCUUGGAGUUGGCAAGCUUUCCGAAGUAGAAGUAAAGAGGGCUUGUUAUAUCAGGGGCCUUAAUUCGACUCACCUUAGUACAGAAGACUGCAGGACGUGGUUAAAGUGUUGGCUCCAACUCUCUAGCAGACUAAAAGUCUCUGAGGCAUCCUUAUUGUUACACAGUAUGGUACUGCUGUCUACGAACUACCACAAUUCCAUAAAACAAUAAUUGUAGAGGAACCCUUGGACAACCAAUGAAAUUCCAGUUUACUGGUCGCUAUUCCAUUAGAGAGCGUAACAUUUUGGAAGUGGGACGCUGGAUUCUCAAGUCACCAUGUUUAGGGUUUUCUAUAAUGUGGCCUGAAUAAAUAUCUUCUUCUGAUAAGCUACAGUGAAGCUUUUGGAAACCUAAUGUUUGUCAGGGAAUAUCCACUUAAAUGGUAAUAAAGGGACCACAUGAUGUAGAUGAAGCUACUGCACUGGACAAUCACUAACAUCUUUAAUGUCCUAGCUAAACUAACUCUCCUUUGCUGAAAUAAAUACAUGUACAGCCCUUAUAUGUAAUGGGCCAAUGCACUGGGAAGGUAAUCAAACUAUGAAGACUGAUCAACACUUGCCCACUUAAACUUGUGCAAAGCCCCUCAUUUCAAGAAUUCAAUCCCUUUAAAGUGGUCUGAACCAUGACAUAUUGCUACCACUAGAUGAACACCUUCCACAGACUGGACACUGGACAUGUGCAACCACGAGACACUUUCUAAACCUUUUUUCCAUUGGUAACCACCGUUUGUCUUUUAUAGACUUAAUAAAUGCAGUUUUCUUGCUGUUGCCAUGAUUAGGUUUAUCUUUGUUUUAAAGAUUUGCAUAUUUUUGUUUUAUAUUAUGUGUAACUGGCGCUGCAUGGCUGUAUAUUCUGUGUUUUAUGUCAUUAAGUGAUGUUUUCAGAUUGUAAGAUUAACAUUAUGGACACGGCUCAUUGUC